CCUGCAUAAUCAGCGGCAAAAGGGUGAUUUAUGCGUGAAUUCAUGCGAUCGCAUAAUCGCGUUUUUCUGGAGGGUCUAGAAUAGGAAAGCUGAUCUAAAUUGAAAUUUUAAAGAGUAGUAUGAAUUUCCAGGCGUGAUUUAUUUUAUUUAAACACAUUUUAAAUGUAUAAAAUAUCAGCAAUUCUAAUCAAUUGUUUCUCAGAUAUACUUAAAGUGGGAUAAAAUUCUGUCGUUAUUUUUUUAAACCACUCAAGUAAAAUAAUCAUAUUCGUGAAACAUUUCUACUAAAGGCAGGAUUUUCCUGUUUCUUUUUAAAUGAGGACCCUAUAAAGGGUUAAAAAGGGGAACCAGAGCUUUCAUUGGCUGGAAGAAGAAAUGAAACCAUUUGGAGGAAAACGAAAGUUAGACUGACGCACUCCAUGAGAGAAGCUUGCUAACACACGGUGCAUCCCUGCAGUCAGUGUAAAGUUGGAGGCAUGUUCUGUGGAAAGUGUUGGCUGAUGCAGUGCAUCCUCGUGCUGCUGCUCACUCUAUUAACUCUCUGCCAAAGUCAAAAUGAAGAUCUGCGAGUGAUUUUGGUGGGAAAGACUGGAUCGGGAAAGAGCGCCUCUGGAAACACCAUCCUGGGCCAUCACGCCUUCAGAGAGGACAUUUCACCUGUGUCGGUGACUGACCGCUGCUACCGGCAAGAAGUGGAAGAUGACGGAAGGAAAAUUGUUGUCAUUGACACUCCAGGCCUGUUUGACACAAAGAAAUCCCCAGAACAAGUGAAAAAAACCAUUGAGAAGUGCAUUAAGCUGUCGGUCCCUGGACCUCAUGCUUUUCUGCUGGUGAUCAGUCUGGCGUCCAGAUUCACAAAAGAGGAGCAGGAUUCUGUGAAGUGGAUCCAGGAUAAUUUUGGCUUAGAUGCUUCAAUAUAUACCAUAGUCCUGUUUACGCAUGCCGACUCACUGAAGGAGAAAUCUCUACAAGCUUAUAUGUCAGAGAGCAAAGAUUUACAAAGACUGAUAAACCAGUGUGGAGGAAGAUACCAUUCAUUCAUCAAUGGACAAGGACAGAGCAAAACCCAGGUCGCAGAGCUAAUCAGUAUAAUAAAUGCAAUGGUAAAAACAAACGGAGGAAGACAUUACACCAGUGAGGACUACGAAGAAGCCCAGAGGAAGAUGGAAGAGGAAGAACGAAGGAAGAGAAAAGAAAUUAAAGAAAUGUUAAGAAAGAAAAGGGAAAGGGAGGAAAAGAUCGCUCUUUGUAAAAAGUUAGCUGUUGCCUCUGCAGGGCUUGUCGGUGCAGGAUGGUUCUUCCCCCCUUCUGCAGUCGCAGGUGGAGCAGUUGGAGCCCUUGCAAGUAUUUACUGCAUAUCCGAUGAAGAGCAGAACCUGUAUUUUUGAAGGAAAAGGGAACUUAAUGUUGAAACAGACAUUGUGAAAUAACCUCUGGGCUGGGUCCUAGAUCCUUCAUGUGGGGUUCUGCAGGAAACCUCAGUGGAUCGACUAUCUCAUUGUAUCUGUUUCAAUUAUUGAAGAGAGAUCGUGACACAAGAGAGUAGUAAAAAAAAUCAAGUUAAACAAGGAGAAUUCAUCGUGUAACACACAAUAGGGAAGGAAAUGAGAAGAAAUUGGAUUGGGACUUGUAAUGUAUUAUACAGGGGCGCCUUAAAGGUGCAUUGAGGAGUUUGCACGUUUUAUGCGAAACAGCGCCCCCUGCAGGCCUUGGGCAUAAUGCAGCUUAGUGAAAAAACUCGUCCCUGUGGCUCGCGUGCACGGAAGAGGGGAACU